GCUUAGUGACCAAGGCGAAAAGGGAAGAUAAAUUUUGAGAUGAUCAGAAGUUGAAGCUUCCUCCGAAAACGAACAUUGCAUAUGGGAAAUGGCUAAAGGCUUUCACUAUAGUUGAACGUAUCCCUUGCAAAACCAUGCCACUGAACCGUGGCCAAAGCCAAACCACAAGGUGGUAUCAGCUAUGCUUUGUUCCCACUAGUUCAGAUAGUUCAGAUGACUCGGACGUAGAAUCUGUAGUCAUUUCUCCAAGUACUCCAACUACAACUAGUAGCACAUGGCAAGAACUUUUUCCUCCUCCUCCUCCACCACCACCACCACCACCAAAUCCUGAACCUCAAAUUGAUUGGCGUUUUCCACCACCACCACCUCCGCUACCAGAUUUUGUACGGCCACUGCGGCUGCAACAACAGCAUCAGCAUCAGCCUGAACUCAGUGGGGCUUGGGCUAUUUUUGACUUAGAAGUACAGCAAGAUAGGCCUCAAUCUCACAGUAUAAGUCAUGUGUUUGAAGGUGAUAAAAGUGGGUGCUCAACGAUUGCCAUGAAUGGCCUUAGCAGGGUAAGAGUAUCAGAGAUAGAUAAACUCUUUCGAUGUCCCAUUUGCAUGGAUGAGUUUAAAGUGUGUGAUCAAGCAUACCGGUUACCCUGCACCCACACCUAUUGUUCUGAAUGCAUUCUUCGUUGGCUUAACAGCAGCAAAACAUGUCCAGUUUGCAGGCUUCAAUUGAGUGGUUAUAGUUUUGAUAGGACAGAUGAUAGUAAUAAUAAUAAUAAUAAUUUGAACUCGCAAGUUGAAUUUCUAUCACCAUUGCCGCCGCCGCCGCCACCACCACCACCAUCAAUAAUAUACAAUGAUUCUCCUCAGCGCUCGGAGUAUUUCUUAGAAUCUUCUCUCUACGUUACAGCAGGUGUAGAGAACAGCGCAAGUGGUAACUCAGAUGAAGCUGAUUAUGAUAGUGCAUGUGAUGAGCUUGGUGAUUCUCAAGAAGAUGGUGCUUCUCAUACUGCUUCUGAUACUCCAAUUUAACCGUCAGUGUAGUCAGUUUAUGACUGUAAAGAACUUCUGAUUGUCCUUUAUUCUCGUGAUUUCUAUGGCCAAAUAAUUUGGAAAUGUAUUGCUUUCAAUUAUCUUGUAACUUCAGCUAAAUUUAGAUCUAAUUGAUUUUCUGGUGAGCUUAA